CUCACGUCCGUCACCGUGGCGGUUGGAGAGCGGCUGUGUCGGAUGCGCGACGUCAUCCACUCAACGUCAUCCCCCAGCUAUAAUAACAUGCCCAGCCUUCCUUGCCGCCCUUUCCCCAGCCAUCCGCUACCCUUCAACCGCCCUCUGCCCUCUGCCCUCUCUCCCCAUCCCUCGACAUCGCCCAUUCAACCAAAAAAAUCAUGGUCUCCAAGGCGCUCAACCUAGUCAUGAGAGGGCUCCAGUUCCUCUGGGCCCUCUUGAUCAUGUCUCUUAUUGGCAACAUGAUUGCCACAGCCUAUUCCGGCAACCCAAGCAUCGUCAACUACAGCAUGUUUGUAGCUGUCUUCGCCAUGCUAUCGCUCUUCUACUUGAUACCCGCCACCCUCAAAGAAGGUCUGGGCGUACCGGUGGUUGUCAUCGCACUCGAUGUGCUCAACACCAUCUUUUUCCUUUGUGGCGGCAUUGCACUGGCUGCUUAUCUCGGCUGCCACAGUUGCAGCAACCGCCAUUACACUGCCACCAAUUCCGUCACCAGAGGCUCUCCUGACAAGGAGGGGCGUUGUCGCGAGGCUCAAGCCUCCACUGCCUUCUUGUGGUUCGGUUUCGCGGCCUUCGCAGCCUCUUCUGUCUUCUCAUUCUUGCAGAGCCGUGGCAGCGUCAACAUGCGCGGAGGCAUUCGUCGUGGACCUCCUGCCAUGAGCCAGGUUUAAAACAGUACAUUUACUAUCUAAUAGGUUGGAUGGGAAACAGGCCUCUUGGAGCACAAGACUUUAUUCGAAAAAACCUAAUGAGUCUUUGGGAUAUUGUAUUAUUUUUACGACUUACGGAGUUCAAUGAUGCUAAGCCAGCAAUGAGCUAUGAUAGAAGCAUUGGAAUAUUUAAUGAUCUAAUCCGCAAGAUGAAAAUUAGAUAAGAAUUCCAUCAAAAGUUUUGUUUCAUGCA